AUGGCUAGAGAAACUUUGAAUUCAAAGAAAAAAAGCGAAUUCUCAUGGCUUACCAAAAUUAUGACCCUUAACAAAAAGAUGAUUGACUGGAGAAGCUUUGGAUUCAAAGAAAAAAAAGUGAAUUCUCAUGGCUUACUGAAAUUUAUAACCCUUAACAAAAAGAUGAAUGGUUGGAGAAGCUUCGAAUUUAAAGAAAAAAAAGCUCUUACUGAAAUUUAUGACCCUUAUCAAAAAGAUGAAUGA